CCAACUCGAUGUCGAGAACAAGAAUUUGAAUGUGUGAAAAAUUUGCGCUGUAUUGAUGAAAGAUAUUUAUGUGAUGGAGACAAUGACUGUGGAGAUGGAUCUGAUGAGGAUUCUUCUUCUGGAGGCAAAUGUGAAAAAUUCCAGUGCCGUGCUGAUCAGUUCCAGUGUGAUAGCAAUCGCUGCAUGUCUAUUCAUUGGGUUUGUGAUGGAGAAAGAGAUUGUAAUGAUGGCUCUGAUGAGGAGCCAAGUGUCAAAUGCAAAAAUACUACAUGUAGUUCAAACAUGUUUACUUGUAAGAAAAGUGGUCGUUGUAUCCCUACAAGUUGGACUUGCGAUUCGGAUCUUGAUUGUGGUGAUGAUGAUAUUUCUGAUGAGCAUGAUGAUUGUGUUUAUCCAGAAUGUGAAGCUAUAGAAUUUCGAUGUGACAAUCAAAGGUGUAUUCCAUUAGAGUAUGUAUGUGAUGGAGAUGAUGAUUGCCGUGAUGGUACUGAUGAACGUUCGUGUAUGCAGAAAUGUGAUGGUCCUCAUGAAUUUUCAUGUGAUAAAGGUACAUUGUGUCUUAGUGAAGCAUUAGCAUGCAAUGGAGUUAGGGACUGUAAUGAUGGAACAGAUGAAUUGAAUUGUAGUAAAGAAACUUGUCGGAAAGAUGAAUUUCUCUGCCACGAUGGUAUGUGCAUACCUAACUCCUGGAAAUGUGAUAUGAAGUGGGACUGUAUUGAUCGAAGUGAUGAGCUCAAUUGCAAAAAUGUGACUUGCACAGACAGUGAACAUCUUUGUGUAUCUCAGGAUCAGUGUAUUCCCAAUACAUUUGUUUGUGAUGAACAUGUUGAUUGUGAAGAUCAGUCUGAUGAAAGUGACUGUGAUGAGAAAAUUCAUUCCUGUGUUUUUCCAAAUCAUCUGUGUGACAAUAAGACACGCUGCAUAAAUGUAACACAGUUCUGCGACAAAGUCAAUGAUUGUAUUGAUGAAUCUGAUGAAGGAGGCAUGUGUGAUUAUGAUAUGUGUGCAUUAAGUGGUUGUAAGUAUGAAUGCCAGGAAACACCAGAGGGUCACCUCUGCUAUUGUCCUACAGGCCUUACUCGAACAGUGGAUGGCAAUUCUUGCACAGAAAUUCCAGCAUGUGAGCAGUGGGGUGUAUGUAGCCAAAAAUGUGUGGAGAUAAAUCACCACCACAAAUGCUAUUGUGAACCCGGCUAUGAAUUAGAACCUGAUCUAUACACUUGCAAAAGCAUAGAUCCUGCUGAACCAUACAUAAUUUUUUCAAAUCGUCAUGAACUUCGCAGUGUAGAUCUGAAAACGAUGAAUGUUAAAGCUUUGAUAUCUGGAUUACAGAAUACUGUUGCUGUUGACUUCUAUCACUCUACUAAAGGAGACUUGAUAUUUUGGACAGAUGUUGUAGAGGAUAAAAUUUAUAGAGGCUAUGUCAUUUCGGGCUCAUUAACGAAUAUUGAAGUUGUGGUACAGACUGGUCUUGCUACAGCAGAAGGUCUAGCUGUAGAUUGGAUUGGAGAAAAUUUGUAUUGGGUUGAAAGUAAUUUAGAUCAGAUUGAAGUAGCUAAACUAAGUGGCCUUCACAGGAGAACAUUAAUUGCAAGCAAUAUGGAAAAUCCUAGGGCGAUUGCUUUAGAUCCGCGCUAUGGGAUGUUAUUUUGGACAGACUGGGAUACCUCUGCUCCACGAAUUGAGCGUGCAUCCAUGAGUGGUGAAGGUCGUUCAGUAAUCUGCCGAGUAGAUGAUAUAACAGAUGGUGCAUGGCCUAAUGGAUUGACACUAGAUUAUGUGGCAUUGAGGGUCUACUGGAUUGAUGCAAGAUCAGAUUCAAUUCAUACAAUUACAUAUGAUGGUGAUGAUCAUAGAGAAGUGCUGCGGAGCCAUGAAAGUCUUUCCCAUCCUUUUAGUAUUGCAUUAUUCAGCAAUUAUGUCUAUUGGACGGACUGGAGAACAAAUUCUGUAUUGAGAGCCAACAAAUGGAAUGGUACAGAUGUUCGAGUAGUACAACGUGCUAUUACUCAACCUUUUGAUAUUAUAAUCUAUCAUCCUGCCCGACAACCUAGAGGUAAUGGGUCAAAUCCAUGUGAAAAAGAUAAUGGAGGCUGUUCUCAUCUCUGCCUGUUAAGUUUCAACAACACCCGCACAUGUGAUUGUCCUCACUUAAUGAGUUUGGCCUCUGACAAGAAAACAUGUUAUAAAAAUGAAAAAGUUUUGCUAUUUUCAAGACAAAGUGAAAUUAGAGGUGUGGAGUUAACCAUGCCAUAUUACAAUAUGAUUCCUCCAGUCAGUGUGCCCAAGGUACUGAAAGUCAAUCAGAUUGAUUUUGUUGCAUCACGUCAUCAGAUUUAUUGGUCAGAUACUGACUUAAGUGAAGUGAAAAGAGCAAAUUUAUCUGGGUCUUCAGUUGAAACUUUAAUUGAUAUUGUUUUAGAAAGUCCAACUGGCUUUGCUGUUGAUUGGGCAUCCCAGAAUUUAUUUGUUACAUCACUUGGAGCUUCAAAACGAAUUAUUGCUAGCAACCUGGAUGGUGAAUAUAUUGUUGAUAUUAUAACUACUGAUUUGCAGAAUCCCUGGUCUCUUGCUGUUCACCCAUUUGAAGGACUGCUGUUUUGGUCUGAUCAUGGUACUGGUAAUGGAGAUCAGAUUAUUGAAGUAUCAUGUAUGGAUGGUUCAAACCGUCGCAUUCUUCUUGCGGAAGUAGAUGACCCUAAACUCAACAAGCCAAUCAGUUUAUCGCUGGAUUUUGAAUCAGAACCCAAUUUUCUGUAUUGGAUUGAUAGUGGCAGUGACUUGAUUCGAAGGAUGAAUUUGAAAGACUACAAAGUAGAAACAGUUGAAAUUAAGCCAUUAUUUCUGCAAGAACCAUCAGCAUUAGUCAUUUAUCACAAUACCAUAAUAUAUGCUACAUUUGGGAAUAAUGCUCUUCAUUCUGUUGACAAAGUAAAUGGAGGAAAUCAUACGAUUCUACGGGAGGGAACAGAAGGCAUUUAUGCUGUGAAAGUUUAUGAUGAAGAGUUACAAAAUAAUACUAAUAUAUGUUCUUAUAAAAAUGGAAAUUGCUCUCAUCUUUGUUUACCUGUAUCUCGAACCCAGCGCGUUUGUAAAUGCACCCUUGGAUUUAUUAUUGAUCCUACAAAUGAAACAAAUUGUAUUGGAAAUAGUGCCUUCCUACUAUAUUCUUUGAAUUCAGAAAUUCAUGGCCUUUCCUUGGAUAAAGAUAAGAGAAAUAUCCCAGUGCUUGCUCCAGUAUCUCGUAUUCAAAUGGCUUCAUCAUUGGAUUUUUAUGAUGCUGAGGAUUAUCUGUACUGGACUGAUAAUGAAGCUGGAACUAUAACUAGAGUUAAACGUGAUAUGACUCAAAGAGAGAUUGUUAUCCAAGGCCUUGAUUCUAUUGAAGGUUUUAGCAUUGACUGGAUUGCAGGCAACAUGUACUGGAUUGAUGCAACAUUUGGUGCAAUAGAAGUUUCCCAUCUGAAUGGAAGUAACAGAUAUGUUGUGGUAUCUGGAAGUAUGUCAAAACCGAGGAAUUUAGUUGUUCAUCCUUACCAGGGUGUCAUGUUUUGGUGUGACUGGGAAGUUCCACCUAAAAUUGAAACUGCUGCAUUAGAUGGAAGCCAACGUCGGAUCUUCAUCAAGUCUUCCCUGCAGUUAGUUCAAGAUUUGGCCAUUGAUUUUGAAGAAGAUAAAUUGUAUUGGACUGAUGCUCGCACACAUACAAUUGAAAGAAUUAAUUUAGAUGGAAGUAGAAGGGAAGUAAUAAUUAGCCAUGAUGUGCUUGAAAAACCUGUAUCUAUUGCUGUAUAUGGUGAUGAAAUCUACUGGACUGAGAUGCUUAAGUCAGGUGGUGCUAUAUUCAAAGCAAGCAAGCGAAAGGAGGACACUAUCUCUAUGGUACAAGGCAAUUUGGGAGAUUCAUUGAGAGAUUUACUCAUUUACCAUAAACGUAAUUCUUCUGAAACUAAUCCAUGCUAUAGGAGAUGUUAUCAAGGUGUCUGUGAAAACACUGGCAAAUGUGGUUCAAAUCUUUGUUUGUUCCAAGGUAAUGGUUCCUAUACCUGUGCAUGCUCACAUGGGGAGCUUGCUGAAGAUGGUCAUUCCUGUAAACCUUUUGAUGCCUUCAUAAUGUUCUCUAGAGUCCUAAAAAUUGACAGUAUUAAUAUGUUUGAUGAGAAUAAUCCAAAUGCUCCAUACCCAAGUAUUAGCAAUAAAGUGCACAUGAGAAAUGUUAUUGGAUUAUCUUUUGAUUAUGAAGGAAAGCGCUUAUUUUAUUCUGAUAUUCAACGUGGAACUAUAAAUAGUGUUAAUUUUAAUGGAGAAAAUCAUACUGUAAUUAUUGAAAAACAAGGAUCUGUAGAAGGUUUAGCUUAUGAUCCAAUCCAUAGAGAUCUUUAUUGGACUAGUCACAGUGAUAGUUCUUUGAGUAGAAUCAACUUAGCUACUGAAAACUCUCGACCAGAAGUUGUUAUUCAUUUAGGACCUGAUGAUAAACCAAGGGGUAUUGAUAUUGAUAGCUGUGCAUCACGAAUUUAUUGGACAAACUGGAACACAGAAAAUCCCAGCAUACAGAGAGCAUUUUUAAGUGGCUUUGAUUUACAUUCAAUUAUAGAAACUAACAUUCGAAUGCCAAAUGCAUUAGCAUUAGAUCACAAGGCCCAGAAAUUAUAUUGGUCUGAUGCAAGACUGGACAAAAUUGAACGGUGUAAUUUGGAUGGUACUGAAAGAUACGUAUUGUUAAAUAAGCAUCCACAACAUCCAUUUGAUUUGGCAGUAUAUGAUAAUUACCUUUUUUGGACUGAUUGGGUUUCUCAUUCUGUGAUGCGAGCUGAUAAAUACACAGGAAGCAAUGUAGUUACACUCCGCAAAAACAUUGCUCGUCCUAUGGGAAUAGUUGCUAUUGCAAAUGAUACUGACUGUACAUUAAAUCCGUGUCAUGUCCUGAAUGGUGGCUGCGAGGACCAGUGUAAUGUUGCUGUUGAUGGUCGAGUGUGGUGUUCCUGUUUCUUAGGGAAAGUACUGCUGCCAGAUGGCAAACGAUGUGUUGAGAAAGAAGCUAACUGUUCAACAGAAGAGUUUGAAUGUGGGAAUGGUAUGUGUAUACCAUUCGAAUUAACAUGUGAUGGAGUGUCUGCUUGUCAGAAUGGAACUGAUGAAAAUGAACAGUAUUGUAAAACCAGAACUUGUCCUUCAGAAUUUUUUCCUUGUGCUAAUAAUCGCUGCAUUCCUAAAAGUCGAGUAUGUGAUGGCCAGAACAGCUGUGGGGAUUAUAGUGAUGAAAUGCUUUGCAACUGUGCUGAAGAUCAAUUUAGAUGUCAUUUUGGUGGCCCAUGUAUUACCCAAGCGUACUUAUGUGAUAAUGACCCAGAUUGCCCAGACGGGAGUGAUGAAAUGGAUUGUCCUAAACCUGACUGUUCUCUUCAUCCAUUAAUUUGGGAUCCAUUACAAAAAUUGAUCAAUUGUGAACAUACUGUAGCUUGUAUUCAUCCAGCAUGGAUUUGUGAUGGACAAGAUGAUUGUUGGGACAUGUCAGAUGAAAAAGACUGCGAAACAAAAGUUACAGAAACAUCUUGCCCAUCAAAUUCAUUCCAGUGUGAAGGAGGAGACUUGUGUAUUCCAAAGACUUGGAAAUGUGAUAGAGAUGAUGAUUGUAAUGAUGGAGGAAAUGGAACUGUAAGCUCAGAUGAAAGGGGAUGCAAGUAUGGUUGCCGCACUGACCAGUUUCAGUGUAAUAAUCAAGAUUGCAUUCCCGGUGUUUGGAGAUGUGAUGGCCACCCAGACUGCUUGGAUAAAUCAGAUGAAACUGAUCACUGCAACACACGUCAGUGUGGUGAACGGGAGUUUCGCUGCAAUAACACUGGACAGUGCAUUCCACAGAACUGGGUUUGUGAUGGUGAAAAUGAUUGUGGGGAUGAAGAAGCAUCUGAUGAACAUCCUAGCAGAGGCUGCUUGGAAAAUGUGUGUAAACCUAAUGAGUUUCAGUGUUUGAAUUUUGUAUGCAUAAUAAAAAGUUUUUAUUGUGAUGGGGAUAAUGAUUGUGGAGACAACUCAGAUGAGCCACUACUUUGCCCAAAUCGCUUGUGCAGAAAUUAUGAUUUAGAAUGUGACAAUAAAAGAUGUAUUUCUAGAAGCUUGGUAUGUAAUGGUAUUAAUGACUGUGGUGAUAAUACCGAUGAGAAUGAAGAACAUUGUGGUCAAAGUGUUAAUAUAACUCUAUGUGGAGACACCGAAUUUAAGUGUGAAAAUGAAAAAUGUGUUCUACAGAGCGUCUUGUGUGAUGGCACAAAUGAUUGUGGAGACUUUUCUGAUGAAAUUAAAUGCAACAUUAAUGAGUGUAACUCUAAGUACAGUUGUGCACAGGAUUGUAUAGAUUUGCCAAUUGGGUAUAAAUGCAGUUGUCGCUCUGGUUAUCGACCUGUAAAUGAUGGAAAGAUUUGUGAAGACAUAGAUGAAUGCACAGAAGAACACCCAUGUAGUCAAUAUUGUCACAACACUCAAGGAUCAUAUAAAUGUUUUUGUGAGGCUGGUUAUCUUUCCUUAGAUGGUGGAAUGACAUGCAAAGCUAAUAGUUCCGUGAAACCAAUGCUUAUAUUUUCUAAUCGCUACUAUAUACGGCAAAUUAAUCUUCAUGGCCAUGACGCUGAGUUGUUGGCUCGUAACCUCACAAAUUCUGUAGCUUUGGAUUUUGACUGGUUGGAAAACUGUUUGUACUGGUCAGAUGUGACUGCCCUUGGAAGCAGUAUUAAAAGAAUGUGUUUGAACACUCCUGGACAUCAGCUGUUGCAUGCUGGCUCUCUUCAAAGCCCAGAUGGACUUGCUGUAGACUGGAUAGGAAGAAAUUUGUAUUGGUGUGAUAAAGGCAAGGAUACAAUUGAAGUCUCAACUCUUGAUGGUCGAUUUCGAAAAGUUCUUAUUCGGAAAGGUUUGCAAGAACCAAGAGCUAUUGUUCUUGAUCCUUUCCAUGGUUACAUGUAUUGGACUGAUUGGGGUGAUAAACCAUACAUUGGGAAAGCUGGAAUGGAUGGCAGUCAGUUUACAAAGCUUAUAAAUGAGUCUUUGGGAUGGCCAAAUGCCUUGACUAUUGACUAUGUCACCCGAGAAAUCUUCUGGGCAGAUGCUAAAGAGGAUUAUAUUGCUGUUGCUGAUUUAAAUGGAACAAACAGAAGGACUGUUAUUGCUAGAGGACCUUAUGAUGCUGUUCAUCAUAUAUUUGCUUUGACGGUUUUUGAAGACCAGCUGUAUUGGACAGAUUGGGUUACUAAAAGUAUCGAAAGAUGCCAUAAAUACCAUUGUGACAAUUACACCACAAUAGCAACUACCACUCAUCGGCCAAUGGAUAUUCAAGUAUUUCAUCCAUAUAGGCAAAUACAAUUGAAGACACUAAAUCCAUGCAUGGCUGCAGAGUGUACCACUCUUUGCCUUUUAAAACCAGGAGGUAAUGCAACAUGUGCUUGCCCAGAGAAUUAUGUUUUAGAAGAAGAUAAAAAAUCAUGUAGAAAUAACUGCACCAGCUCACAGUUUAUAUGUGCUGCAACGUAUAAAUGCAUACCAAGUUGGUGGUAUUGUGAUACCCAAGAUGAUUGUGGUGACAUGUCAGAUGAGCCUCCUGACUGCCCACCCUUCCACUGCAGUCCUGGCCAAUUUCAGUGCAGCAAUGGUAAUUGUAUUCAACCUAAUCAAAUCUGUGAUCGUGUCUCACAGUGCCGAGAUAUGUCUGAUGAAAAAGACUGUGAUAAGCAUAGUUGCCUUUUGACUCAGUUCAAAUGUCCCAGAAAUGGAACAACCCAAGCAUACUGCAUUAGUUUAGCUAGCCAUUGUGAUGGUACUAAAGAUUGCUUAGGUGGUGAAGAUGAAGUGAAUUGCACUCCUAAAACAUGUCUUCCCAAUCAGUUUCUCUGUGACAACUCUAAAUGCAUACCAAAAGUGUGGGAAUGUGAUGGUGAUGAUGAUUGCGGUGAUAAUUCUGAUGAGCCCAAAACUUGUGCUGCUAGAGUAUGUCCAUCAAAUUAUUUCCGUUGCAAUUCUGGGCGAUGUAUCCCCCUUUCAUGGAAAUGUGAUGGUGAUUAUGACUGUAAUGAUAAAGAAGAUGAGCCAGACUCUUGUGAUGACACAACUACUUGUCAUCCUUCAUAUUUCAAGUGUCAAAAUAAUCGAUGUAUUCCUACUCGGUGGCAUUGUGAUUAUGAUAAUGACUGUGGUGACUUUUCUGAUGAAGUAAACUGUGUUCUCAGGAAUUGUUCAGAAAGUGAAUUUCGUUGUGAUAAUGGUAAAUGCAUUAGUUCAUCAUGGCGAUGCAAUGGAGAAUAUAAUUGUGAUGAUCAGAGUGAUGAAGUUGGUUGUAAUGUAACUUGCAAAGCGAAUGAGUUUGCCUGCAUUUCAACGAACUUUUGCAUAUUAUCAGAGUGGCACUGUGAUGGUGACACUGACUGCGCUGAUGGGUCAGAUGAAGAAGGCUGUGUAGCUACUACUUGUCAAGGAUGGCAGUUUGCUUGUCACAAUGGGGCUGAAUGUAUCUCUUCUCUGUGGCAGUGUGAUGGAGAAAAUGAUUGCAGUGAUAACUCAGAUGAGAAUCCAGCACUUUGUAGCAAGACAGCUUGUCCUCCCGGACGUUUUCGCUGUGGAAACAAUUUGUGUAUACCUGAAAGCAAAAUAUGUGAUGGUCAAGAUGACUGUGGUGAUAACUCUGACGAAGAAUCCAUUCUGUGUAAGCAUUACAGUAAUUGUGGUAGUCAUGAAUUUCAGUGUGCAAGUGGGCAUUGCAUAAAUGCAACUUUCCAUUGUGAUCAUUUUACAGAUUGUGAAGAUAAUUCUGAUGAAACUGAUUGUGAAUAUGGACCUUGUAGCUUUGGAGCCUGUUCACAACUAUGUACUGAAAAAAAGAAAGAUAGUUAUGCCUGUGACUGUGUGGCUGGUUAUCAUCCUGUUCCAGGUGAAAAAGGAUCAUGUCAUGCAGAAGGUAAAGAAGCUGUGAUAUAUUUAGCAAGUGAAAAUGAGCUUAGACAAGUAAAUCCAUACAAACCUUCAGCUGAAGAUUCAAAUGAUGUUCUUAGUCCUGAAAUUAAUAAAAAUCGAAUCGAUUCUGUAGAUGUUUUGUAUACAGAUACAGAAAUUGUAGUAUUUUGGGUUAAUGUCCAUCAAAGAGCUAUAUAUCGUUACAGAUAUUCUAAUUCAAGUAAUGCAAAUCCUAGACUGAAAAGAGAAGACAACCCUGUGGUUAUUGUGGAUCAUUUAAUUGAACCGAAAAGCAUCUCAGUUGAUUGGAUAAAUCACCAUGUGUAUUGGGUGGAUGCUGGACUUGACGCAAUAUCUCUAGCAUCUUUUGAUGGAGCCCUGCAGCAAACUGUAAUAUCAACAAAUCUUGAUCAGCCUGAUGAUAUUGCAUUGGAUCCAGAAGAUGGAUACAUGUUUUGGACAGAUAGUGGUGUAUAUGCAAAAAUAGAACGAGCACAACUUGAUGGAAGUGAAAGACAGAUAAUUGUUGAGAAAAAUAUUAUUUGGCCUACUGGUAUUGCAGUUGAUCAUCCUGCAAAAAGAGUCUAUUGGGCUGAUCCUAAGGCCUCUCGAAUUGAAUCUGUUAAUCUGGAUGGAAGACAUAGGCAUAUAAUAAAAGCAUUUAGUUCUGAAAAACCAUAUAAGAUUGAUGUGUUUGAAGACUACAUCUAUAUGACAACAACACCUAGCAAUGCUGUGGCUCGCAUGGAUAAAUUUGGUCAUGGUAACCUAACUUACCUCAUCAGAGGUUUAAAUAAGGCAAAUGACAUAGUGCUUGUACAAGAAAACAGACAAUCGAAUUUUACCUCACCAUGUGUGACUGAUAAUUUUUGUGGAAUUGAUGCCCUUUGCAUUGCUAAAAAUCAAACUUAUGCCAUUUGUCUGUGUUCUGAAACAGUGGAUCAAUCAAAUGGAGAUGAAAAUCCAGAAUGUAUUGUUCCUGUUCCAAAACCAUCUUCUUCAUCUGAACCAUUUUGCAGGCUAACAUGCUUCAAUGGCGGCACAUGUUCUUUGGAUGAAAAUAAUGAACCAUCUUGCAGCUGUAAACCUGAAUAUGAUGGUUCUCAGUGUGAGAAUUCAAGAUGUGCAAAUAUCUGUAAAAAUGAAGGUGUAUGCUAUGCAGAUAUGUCCAAAAAUAAUGCUCAUUAUCUGAAGCCUGAUCUAAAGUGCAACUGUCCUCCUUUAUGGACGGGUGAAAGGUGUGAAAGUCCAUCUCGUAGAUGUGAUGGCUUUUGCUACAAUGAGGGGAUAUGUUAUUAUGAAAAAGGUGAAAGACUCUGCUCUUGUCCUGGAGAGUUUUCUGGAUCCCGCUGUGAAAAAUGCAGUUCUAUAAACUGCCAGAAUGAUGGUAUGUGCAGAGUAGAAGCUUCGGGUAAUCUGUCUUGUGCGUGUAUGGCUGGCUUUCAUGGUACGUUCUGUGAACUGUCCAAAUGUGACGGUUUCUGUCAACAUGGCAAGUGCACUAUAACCAAUGGUCUGCCAUUAUGUAUUUGUGAGCCUGGAUAUUCUGGGAAAAUGUGUGAACAGGAUUUGUGUGACAUACAUUGCUUGAAUGGAGGUACUUGUAAAAGGGGUGUGAAAAAAACAACUUGCAUCUGCCCUCGAGGUUUCCAAGGUAGGAGGUGUGAACAAGAUCGCUGUGGUUGCUUAAAUGGAGCUACCUGUGUUUCAACUAAAACAGAAAAUGGCUUUGAUUAUGCAUGUCAUUGUCCAGCAAAAUAUUCUGGCACCCACUGUGAAACUUUCAAUCCUAGUUCGUGUGAUGAUAUUGUUUGUAAAAAUGGAGGAACUUGUCAUAUGUUAAAAGGAAUCCCCAUAUGCAGUUGUCUUUCUCGAUGGGUUGGUCCUCUUUGUGAAAUGUUAUCUGAUAACUGGAAUAAAUGCUUGGGAUACUGCUUGCAUGGUGGAGUGUGUACUUUGCCACCAAAUGGUGUUGGACCACCAUUGUGCACUUGUCCACGUGGGCGGGCUGGAAAACGAUGUGAAAUAAGUACCUCAUGCAAUAACUUUUGUUUUAAUCAUGCUACUUGUGUUCCUGCACUGAACAAUGAUGAAAAACCUACCUGCUUCUGCCCAGAAGGUUUUGUUGGUUUGCGAUGUGAAACUGGUCAGCCUGCAACUUUACCCAAAUCAAAAGAAAGCUCUGCUUUUACAGCUGAAAUGGUUGCUGCUAUAGGAAUACCAGUUUGUACAGUUUUACUGUUGUUGUUGCUUAUUUCUUUUGCUGUUGUUAUUUACUGCAGAAGAAAAAGGGGUUUACCUUUUAUGCAUGUUCGUAUGCAAGAUUCUGCUAAUGUGGAAAUUAACAAUCCAAUGUAUCUCAAAGAAGACUUCGAUUAUGAAGCUAGUGAAGCACUUAAUGGUUCUGUGUCUCAAGAAACUGAUGAGGCAACAAAUUUUACAAACCCAGUAUAUGAUUCAUUAUAUCCAGUUGGUGAAGAAAAGAAGGGCUUACUACAAGGUGAUGCAAUUUGUGUGGAAUUUAGAGAUGGACGUGUAAAUGGAUCUUCUAAGGCAGCUUUAAAUUCCUUAAGUGAUGGAGGCCAUCCUCUGGCAUAAGAAAUGAUACUCUGUCAUUUUUUCUAUCCGUUGCUUGACAUAGACAAUUUUUUCUUCAAUGAAAGUUUGAAUUUCAUUUCUCUGCAAGUGAAUUUAAACUUUUAUGGUUUUUUUUUUAAUUAGUACCUGUUGUUGAAUCUUUUUCCUUUUGGUUUUAAAAUCAAACUAUUGUUAUAUAUAAAGGAAAUUUAGACUAAUCAUUUAAUUUUUUUAUUGACUAAUGCUCAAGUUGAACUUAAUAGAAAUGAUUUGUGUUUAAAAUGUAAUUAAAUAUUUGUGUAAUUUUUUUUAAGAUCUUAUCAAUUGCAGCCUGGUCUUUGCAUUAAUUUAUUAUUUUUUAGUUCAGGAUCUAACUAACUACAUGUUAAUUUGUGUUAAUCUUUUCAACAUAGUUUUAUAUACCUGUAUGUAUGUAUGUAUGUAUAAAUUUUUUGUCACAUUUAUUUUUAGUCAAAAAGUUGAGCUGUUCCUUUUUUCUGUUCAAUUUAUAUACGUUUUAUAUAUAGUUGAUCAUUGAUGUGUCGCUCUUUAUUUUCUUAAUUUUUAUCUCUGGAAUUGCUGCCAAAUAUUACUCUUGUUGAAUUUCUGGUUGUGAGCCAUAUAUUAUUUUUCUAAAAAUAUUUGUUUAUAAAUGCAUGUUAUUCUCGGGCAUUGCAUUUUUUUAACCUGAUGAUCUAGUACUUUAUUUCCAUCAAGAAUUUGUAAGUUAUUUGUUGUAUGUGUGAGAGUAAAUCUUGUUUCUUCAGAUUUGUUUUGUAUUAUUGGAGAAGUAGAGUUCAUUCAAUACUUCCUAUAGGGAUUAAAGCAGUACUGUGGAAGAAAGUAUGCGUGCUUCAUAAGUCUUUAAUUAUAUAGCUAUAAUCAGAUAAAUACCCUUUAAAUAUAAAUCAUUUUGUGGCAAUUGUUUUUAAAUCAAGUAAAUUACUAACCGAGCCAGUAAAUAUGACAUCCAUAAAACUUUGUAAGUGCCAAAUUAUAGUGUUGUCUUUAUACUGUGCUGUUAAGGUAGUACUUUUUAUAUUAUUUAGCUCCGUAUGCUUGCCAUCUUAAUUAUUGCUUCUAGAAUUUCAAACAGAUGUGCAAUUAGAAUUGUUAUCAAUCUCUUGUAUUUUAACUUCAUUGUGUUUUUAUGUGUGUAUGCCUGAAAUGCCUCCCUUUGUCAAUUCCUUAAAAGUGUUGUCAAAGUGAAUUGUGUGUGCUUCAUUUUAAAGACAAUUGCUACAAAUUAUCUUUGUAUAUGUGUAUCUAUCUAUAUAUGUUGCAUUGGAGGCAUAAAAUGAAGCAUUUCGUUACAUUUUCUAUAGUAAAUGUGAUCCUUGUGAUAUUUUUGGCAAAAAUAUGCAUAUAUAUCUUUAAAUUAACUGGUAUUUGCAAGCUUACAGUAGUAGUAUUAUACAGACUUUUUCAUUGCAAACUCAUGUUCUUAUGUCUCCAUAACAGUUGCAUAAUGAGUAAUAUUCCACUUUUUAUAUAUUUUGUAAUUCCAUACACUUAGUUGAGGGUACACAAUUGUACAUUAUGAAAUUUUAAAAACUGUAAUAUUUGUCAUUUAUUAUUAUUAUUAUUAUUUAUUAUUCUAUGAAAUUUCAAAUUGCAGGCCCUUUUCCCAACUUGCAAUAUUUUAGAUCAUUUUUGGUAAAGAAGUUAAAAUUCCAUACUAGUGUGUAUAAAAAUUGCAACUUGGAUUAUCUUUUAUUUAAAUGAGCCAAUUUUUGGAACAUAUUUUCUCAUGUUGCAAAAAAAUACAAAAAUAGUUCCUCAUUUAGCAACUGAUAUACCUUCAUGUCCAAUACAAUGAUUUAAUGGAAAAUAAUAUCAGAGAACUGUGUAAGUUUACCCUAUCUGGGAAUGUCAUGUAGUAUAUAUAAUAUGUAGAACAUAAAUUUAAUACUCUAUAGUAUGCUGUAAAAAUGGAUUAAAUAUAAGUUUAUCCUCCAUGAAUUUUAUUUUAGUAUCUUACAUUCUAAGAUGUUUAAUCAAACAAUGGCUUUAUAUCGGCAUUGGCUAAGAAUAACUUUUCAUAGUGAUUUUAUAAAAUACAUUGUUGAAAUUGCUUUUUUUAAUGUCUAUGCAAAGACUUUUGGAAAAUUAUUUUUAAAUCAUUCAUAUUUUUAGGUGUACUGUUUGUAACAGUAGAUGAGAUCUUAUAAUUUUUCAGCAUCUUUCUCACAUUAGAUAAAUAAACGUUUUUAUUAUUUUCCUUUACGUACAAAUUUAUUUAGUAUGCAGCAGAACUUUUUUAUUAUAUAUACAUAUAUUUCACUAAAAUAGCUAGUUAUAUUUUCCGGUAUGUUUCAAUAUAUUGAAGAAUAAAAUAGCUACGUGUGACAUCUACUGCUUACUGUAAAUUAUAAUUAAGAAAAAUUUGUAACUCUAAUAAUUAACCUCUGAUUGUUAUAUUCAAAUAUGACUGGACCAGAUUUUUUUCGUAAAUUAUUUGGUAUCACAUUCAUCUAAUAUAAAAGUGUUAUCCAUAUUUCAUGUUGACAUGCAUCAAAUUAUAAUUUUUUGUAUUCUAGGUCUAUCAGAAAUAAAAUUAUGGAAUAAAAUAAUUGAUUAGAAAAAGAAGGGGAAAAAAAGAAUAUUAUCAGAUAAUUUCAAAUAAUUUAACCAACAAAUUUUAAAUAAAAUGAAAUAAUGUUUGGUUCUCUGUUAUUUCAUAUAAUGCUAUUAAUUCCAAAUAUGUAUGUGCCCAUUGCAAAAAAAUUAGCAUGUUUUUCCCCUGGGGAAUUAGGACAUCUAUGUCUCACGCAUUCACUACAUUGAUGUUGAAAGAAAUUAAGUUUACUAUGAAGAAUUAAAAUUUGCUACUUAAUGUGGAGCAGGAAAUGGCAUUUAUGUUGAUUUGUUUUUCUGUUCCUUGCUAAUUAAAUAGCUGCCUAAAUGGCUUCAAUACAUAAAAUAUUAGUUUCUGUAGCCCAUGUAAAAAGGCUAAUGUCUGAAAACACAUUUAAGAAUGUUUUAAAAUAUCAAAAGAUCUUCACUGAUUUGGAUAUUGUAUUCAGUUUUAUAAAAGAACACAGUGAACCAUAACAUCACAAAAAAAUUUAAUUUUCCUUCCAUACCUUGAAUUACAAAAGAAGGCGGCAUUGAUAAUGCAUUCAUUUAUAAUUUACAUAUAAAUGGAGAGGAGAGAAUAUUUCCGUUUUUAGUUUACAAAAUAUUAAAAAUAUAUUUUGCUUACUAUUGUAUUGAAUUAUCAGAUAUUUUAUCAGUAUUAAAAAAAUGCCAUGUAAAGUUUAUACUGAUGGUAGAAAUAUUUUUCUCAUCUUAAAAUCGCUGCAGAAUCUGAAGUCUGCAUCCAUUUCUUUAACUAUAUUAUUUGAAAAAGGGGGGGGGAAUAUCAAAAAAAAAUUCUUAAUGCAAAUUCUAAUUGAAAUUAAAUUGAUUGAUUGAGAGAGAAAAGAUUAAAAAUUAGAUUUUUAUUAUCUAUUUCUGAGACUUUCAUUUGAUUAAAAAAAUAUACAUUAAUACUUGUGUUUACUGAUAAGCUUGCAUAAAAAUACUUCAUUAUUCAUUAAAAUUAAAUGAAAUAUUUUUUCUGUUUAAUAAAUAACAGUUGAAAUUGUUGAUGCAAUACUAAUUUAUAAUUGCUGAUAAGCUUAUUCUUAAUAAGUGAAAGAAACUGAAAAAUAUGUAAAAUUAUCUUUUUUUAUGUUAGUGUGUACAUGUGCUUGUUCUUGUAGUGACCUCAAUGUUCUUUAGAUCUGAAUCAUUCUCUUUAGUUUUAUUUGUAUUUAUUGUGAAAUUUUAUAAAUUAAGUCUAAAUCUUCAUCUGUUCCCAAGAUUUGUUGACAGAAGCAGCUAUAUCCUAGUCCUUUGUUUAAUUAGUCAUUUUGAAGUAAUUGAAACUUCCAAUAAUGUAAAUGUAAUUAUUAAUUAAUUCAAAUUAUGAAACAAUAGUUACCUAAAUAAUUUGCUUAUAAAAGUUUAUUUAGUAUUUUGAUUAAUCCUAUUUAGCUCUCAAAAUAAAAAAAAUAAUGUUUUCUUCUUGGCAGCUAAGAUAUGCCAUUACAUUUAUGUGCAAGAAAUACUUACAAUUGAAGAAAAUGCGUGUUAUCUAAUUUUGUGUGAAUCUUUUUACAAGAACUGAUGUGUAUUUACAGAAUGAUAUUCAUUAUGUACUGUUGAAAUCUUAAUGUUAUCUGUAUGUAAAAAUAUUAGUGUCAAAACUAAUGUACAGUAAAAAAGAUAUGUGCUAGUGAGUAUAUAAAACAGAAGUUGUUUUGCA